AUGUCGCGUGGCUAUUUUGCUCGUUCCCCGACACUAGCAGACUCCACACCCUGGCGGACUUCAGCCCGCAUAGCUGCCUCACGCAACUGCGCACGAUUAACGUGUGAAACAGACCACGCACCCGAAAAUGGUCUUUCUGCGCAACAUGCCCCUAGCCUUCUCCCAGUCGAAAUAGUAGCUGCGAGUUACUGCCUCAUAACGGACAAGGUUGUCGGGGUGCUUGUUCAGCGCGCUGAGCAGGCGCAUUACCUGCUCUCCGGUUUGGCUCUUGCCAAACUCGUCCUGCAAGAUGCGGAUGACCUUGGACUCCAGCUGCGUGUGCUCGACCACAUGCGGCCACUCCUUCCUAGGGUUGUCCAGGAGGACCUUCAUGAUUGCCCGCACCAUCGGGAGGUCGCCCACCCGUCUGCAAACGAGGUUCACGAUCUCCUCUUUGAGCAAACGGUCAACCACGUAUUGAGAGUUUACGCGCAGCAUGGGGCCAUCCGCACCCGUGAGCUCGGCGCCUUGCAUCACGUGGUAUAUGGCGGAGUUCAUUGCCGCAAGCGGGUCGUUUGGGUCCGUUCCUCUCGAGGUGACCUCCACAGUCGUCAAACGAUGACGGUAUGA